AUGCCCGAUUUGGUGCUUCGCAAGAUUUUCUCAUAUUUCGACUAUCGAACAUUGUGCAAAAUGGAAGGGGUGUGCAAGCGAUGGAUGAACAUGAUCAACGGCAAAUUUCGUUGUGAGAUCCAUGAGAUCACGAUUGAGCGGCUCGGAUCACUUUGGCCGUCAGCCAAUCAAUGUGUUCCAUUCCGUCGAUUGUCGGUUCAUUGCCCUUCAAAUGCUCACGACUUUCUCGCCGGCGUUUAUCGACGAAGUCGGCUAUCUGUUAUGCGAAUGACCACUGAUAUCAUAUUUUUAGCAGAUAUUGAUCAGGUUAAUGUUUCAAAGGACGCUUCUAGGCGAUUUUUUAGUAAUGUUGAAGAUUUGUGGCUUCUCAUGAUUCAUCCUGAUGAUGAGACGACGCGAAAAUUCUUGCUGAUCGAGGAAACGCUGUUUAGUGAUCUUCAUCAGCUGACGCUUCAGGUUCACGUCAACUCGAAAUUCAACCAAAAUGUUUCGGCAAUUGUCAAAUCGUUCAUUUUGCGCUAUCCGAAUGCUAUUAUCAAUUUGGAGCUUCACGCGGAAACUAGUCGCGAGAUAUUGGAGCAGAUGAGCGUUCUUCCCUCGUUGCCGCUUCACAAGAUCAAGCUGAUCUGCACCGAUUUCGAUUUGCCGCAAAUGCGAUUGGAUCAAUUGUAUUCGGUGAUGAAGGAGAAGCAACUAAUGGCGAAGAAUAUCACAUUAAGGGAUUGGUCGUUGUUCGCCGAUGGAUCCACAGCGCUUUCGCACAAUCCAUUGGAGACGUUUCGGAUUUCGUGCUGCUCCAUCGAAACCGUUGAUAAUCUCGUGAAAAGUCUUCAACUUACAGCAGCACAGGCGCUUCCGUCAUCGGCGACGCCAAAGAAGAAAAAAGUGGUGAAAAAGAAAAAGGCGAUCGAUGAUGGCGACGAGCCGCCGAAGCCGAAACGAAAAGUUGUCAAGAAAAUUGUGAAGAAGAAGACGAGCUCGCCGUUCAUUAAGAAUUUGGAAAUUGCCGGCCAAUGCACACUUGUUGGAUUGACGUUUUUGCAGCAAAAAGCGCACACGGAAUUGGAGCGACGUCUUGGCACCGCCAUUCCGGACAUGGCGGUUGAUUGCAGCGAGAUUUAUUAUUGUUGGUAG